AUGCCUUCAAAUCAAGAAGAAUACCUUCUACCACCGUUGUCAAGGUUAUCCCAUACCGAGCCCGACCGGCCACAGACGUCUUGGAGCCCAUUCGACCCGAGCCCCCCGGCCGACUCCGACCGUUCCUACAUCCGCUAUGAACGCGCAUCUUCCUCGCACCAAGAGCAGGACAUCACCUCCCACAAUGAGGCAUUUACAACGGUGGGCUUAGGGAUCGAAAAUGCAAGGCGCAGGCCAGCAUCCAUUCACUUCGUUGAAGACUUGGACGAAGGACGUCCCGGGGGAGAAUCGCGUUCCCCGCACCUGUCGGAGCAGGCCACGCCGCGGUCGCACACCUCGAAAACACCCCUUCUGGACAGUGAGGUGCGAUGUCCUCAUAGAGAUACAAUCGCCCAGCGAUGGUUUCGCUGGGUGCCCAUGACUAUCCUGGUGCUGGCCGUAUAUGCGACCGUGUGGUCGGGGUUGUAUUUCUUUGUCGCCUGUCUGAAGCCGCGAUAUGGAAACUUCAUUGGGGUCGACGGCAAUGUCGCGGCCUCGACGGCCAACUUACUGAGUGCGAUGUUCGCGAAAACAAUUGAGUUGGCGUACGUUACGGUUUUUGUCGCCUGUCUGGGGCAGUUCUUAAGUCGACGAGCUCUCCAGAAGGAUUCCAACGGCAUCACCAUUUCCGACAUGAGCAUGCGGACGUGGAUCAUGCAGCCGGGGUCGAUGAUAGUUCACUGGGAGACCUUGCGCUAUUCGGCAUUGACCUUUCUCGGUGCGAUGACUCUGACGGCGACCAUCAUCGCCAUGCUGUAUACAACUGCGGCGGAGGCAUUGGUAUCACCCAAAUUGCAUGCCGGACCGCACGAGGACAGAACCCUACGAGCGAAUGUGUCCACCGACUUUUUCAACCCGGUUUACAUGGGCUUGAACUGCGAAACACCGAUCCUCAACGAGAUGGACCCAAUUUACCGGAAUACAACGUGUCUUCAAAUGCAACACGUCGGACAGGCAUACCACAACUACAUUGCGUACCUGAACCGCUGGAGCAAGAUGGUUACCAACGGCGAGCAUGCAUCGGCUGUGCUAGAGGAGCGACCGCCUCCCUCGGGAUCGAUCCACGAUAAUACAACAGUGACGGGGAGUUGGAUCGAUCGCAGCAACAUGACGGAGUUGUCACUGCAUUAUAAACGGAUGGUCUUGAAUGUUACAGCUGCUAUGCCUCAUGCUGGAGUUCUAGCCGCGGCAAAGGACCCCGUCAAUGGAAUUAAACAGCCGCAAAAUUCAUCGGAAGGUCAGUUUGACAUGAUCGCUGCUGCGCCAUGUCCUGCAAUCAACGUGCUGUGUGUGGGCAUGACAGCUAAUGAACUGAAACCACUGAUAUAUGAUAUGUGGCCGGGGAAGAAAUUCAACGUGGAGAAGUGGACAGACCAAGAGAAGGAGCUACCGAGCUGGCCAGACUCCUGGCUGAAUCGAACUGUUGUGGACGAUAUCUUCGGUUGGGGACCCAAGUAUGGAUGGCGUCCACCAAUCUUCGGCAGGCUCCCGGGCGAGUAUCAGACAAUCCUCAACCACUCAGCACCGUUUGGCAACGCAAUGUAUGUAUUGGGGAAGCCGCCCAACGCCACUGGGGUGGACUAUGCUCUAUGCUCAAUGAAAGCGAAAAAGACACCGCGUUGCUCAGUGCGAUAUACUGCAUCUGCCAGUGGAGCCAAGUUUAUCACAGACUGUGAAAAGCCGGAUAACAAAUGGCAGUUCGAUCGGUUCUUCCCAGACGCAGUGGACGGUAACUGGAGCUUGGAUUGGAAGAACAUUGGAUCGGAAUGGGGUAACUCCUUGAGUUUGAAUGCCGGCAUCAAUGACGGCAGGGCCUCCAACGCCCGGCUGCUGAUGCAGCUCACCCCCUCGGGCUACUCCCUGGAGCCCGGUCUACCAUCUCUAGCGGAGGCACUUGCAGUGAUGGCUGGCAAUACCUUGAUUAUGGGGACGGAGAACGCAACCUUCCUUCCCUAUUGGAAUCACUCCGACGCUUCCCUCGCGGAACCAGAUACACAAUACUUCAAUGCCACCAUGAGUGUCGUCGAUUACCAAUCCACCGGGACCGAGAAAUGGCAGGGCGCCUUCUUUCCAGUCUUGUUCCUCACUUUCGUUACCAGUGUCCUGUGUCUAGGCUACCUGUUAAGCGAAAAAGGACGGCAGCUUACCGACUUCACAGAGCCGCAGAACCUAUUCGCUCUGGCCAUCAACAGCCCGGCCACAUCGCGAUUAGAGGGUGCUUGUGGUACCGGGCCUCAAGGUCCUCAAUUCAAGGAGAAAUGGGUUGUGGGCAUGGAAGAGGACGACGAGCAUUAUUAUAUUCGCACCAAGGUGGAGGAGAACACUCCGCUGAUCGCGACGGCAAAGACGUCGACGGAGUCCGAACGUCCCAAGUCAGUGAGUCCAGCUCUCGAGGAGUAUCGAAGAUUAUCUACAGGACACGGGGUCCUUGGCAGGUGGUAUUAA